AUGCGGCGAUGUGAGAGCCAUGUUUGCUCGUGGUUGCCAUGGAGGAUUAGUGGUGACCAUCUGAUUGUUUCUUGGCGGGAUCUGUUGUCCGGUCAGCUGGGGACACCGUCGUGCACUGUGUCCCUGUACGCUGCAGAUUUGACACCUGCCCUGAUAUCCUUGAGAGGUACGGUUGUCUUGCUGCUUGUUAUGGUUCUGAUGCUGCUGGGUUUGAUUCCACGUUGCAGGUUGUCGUUGGUGAUGUUGUGGCUGUCGGCCUUGAUGGUAACGAGGUUUGUUGGUAGCAACGUUUGCGGAAGCCCAUUUUGCGGCCUUGAUGGUAACGAGGUCGACGAUUAUGUGUCCACCAAUGCAUUCAUCAUCUAUCUCGGCAAUAACCCCAUCUCGUGGACAGCAAAGAAGCAAACAAGUGUUGCAAGAUCAUCUACUGAAGCUGAAUACAGAGCCAUUGCCAAUACUGCCUCGGAAAUCAGAUGGAUAUGCAACAUUCUUACUGAACUUGGCAUCACACUUCCGACACCACCAGUUGUGUACUGCGACAACGUUGGCACCACCUUUCUGUGUGCUAAUCCGGUCUUCCAUUCCCGCAUGAAGCAUGUAGCUCUUGACUAUCACUUCAUCCGAGGCCACAUACAGAAUGGCAUUCUUCGUGUAGCUCAUAUCAAUACCAAAGACCAAUUAGCCGAUGCACUUACAAAGCCUCUGCCUCGAGCUCGCUUUCUACAACUCAGGAACAAGAUAGGCGUGAGAACACCUCCCUCCAUCUUGAGGGGGCAUGUUAAGGAUACAGUCAAGGAUACGAUAUGA